CAUAGCCACAAAAGACAGAGUCACAGCUAUUAUGGACCAUACCAAUGUGCGUUCACAUUACAACUUGCCACCAACAUUUUGUUGAUAGCUUUAAACUUGCGCGACUUAGAGUCAACUAUUUCUUACUAAUCAUUAUUCAAGAAAAGGACAAAUGAAAUAGCUGGGCAAGAAAUGGUCAAAUGUUCCUAAUUGGAUCUAACAAGGAAAUAAUAGGAUAUUGUGAGACUAGAGGAUACAGAGAAGAUUGUUCAUCUUUCAUUUGCAAAAGAAAAGAUGGCGAUGAUAGCUGUGAACCUGGUGUUACAGAAAUUGGCUACCAUGCUAGAUGAAGAAGCUCGGUUGCUGGGUGGAAUUCACCAGAAAGUUGAUGAACUACGCGAUGAUUUGGAGAGCAUGAAAGCCUUCCUGCUGGAUGCAGAAGCAAGAAGCGAGAAUGACGAAGGAGUCAGAAUAUGGGUGAAGCAAGUGAGAGACGUGGCUUAUGACACCGAAGAUGUUCUUGACGUGUUUUUGCUUUGCUUGUCAAUUCCUCAUGGGAAUGGUUUCUUCCAUUCCCUUCGCAGAGGCUAUCACUACAUCCGGCAAUUGAGAACACGACACCGCUUGGCUCGUCAGAUUCAGCAGAUAAAGUUGAAUGUUAAGGCCAUCUCAGAAAGAAGAGCAGCAUUUUGUUUCAGAAGGAUAGAUGAAGCGACAAGUUCCAAUUCGCAAUUGCAGACAUGGCAUGAUCCUCGAUUGGGGUCUCUUUUCAUUAAUGAAGCUGAUGUUGUGGGAAUUGAGAAUCCUAGGAGUUUACUGAUUACUUGGCUGACAGAGGGAGAGCAGAAUCUUACAGCCAUCUCAGUGGUGGGCAUGGGUGGCUUAGGAAAAACAACUCUUGUGAAGAAAGCUUAUGAUAGUCAUCCUGUUAAGAAGCACUUUGAUUGUCAGUCCUGGAUAACAGUGUCCAAGUCGUUUACAACGGUGGAGCUUUUGCGAGCUGCACUGGAGGGAUUCUUGGAGGCAGCAAAAGAGCCAAUUCCUGAAGGGAUAGGCAGAAUGGGUGACUUGCAAUUGGUGAACAAGAUCAGGAACCAUCUACAACAAAAAAGGUACGUUGUCGUUUUUGAUGAUGUCUGGAGCAUUAGUGCCUGGGAAGCUAUGAAAUUCGCACUCCCUGAUUGUAACCGUGGGAGUAGGAUAGUUUUCACAACACGUAUAGGUGAUGUAGCUGCAUCUAUAGACACCAAUGUUCAUGUGUACCAUCUUCAACCUCUAUCCGAUGAAGAGGCUUGGACUCUAUUUUGCAUGAAAGCUUUUCGAGGGAAAAAUAAAGGUGUCUGUCCAGAUGAGCUAGUGGAGAUGUCCCGAAGCAUCUUGAAGAAGUGUGGAGGACUCCCUUUAGCAAUUGUAACAAUAGGUGGCCUGUUGUCAAAGAAGAAUAAACAGGUUAUGGAAUGGAAGAAAGUGAAUGAAAGCAUUGCUGCAGAGCUGAAAUGCAAUUCUAGCCUUGAAAAUCUACAAAAAAUACUUCUACUGAGCUACAAUGAUUUGCCAUACUACCUUAAGUUUUGUUACUUGUAUUUAAGUGUUUUUCCAGAGGAUUAUUUGAUCAAAAGAAUGAAGCUGGUCCGACUUUGGGUAGUUGAAAGAUUUGUGGAGGAGAAGCUAGGCCUCACGAUGGAAGAGGUUGCAGAAGAUUACCUUAAUGAACUAGUCAGUAGGAGUAUGAUUCAAGUGGUGCAGAUGGACCAUUUUAACAGAGUUAGGACUUGCAGGGUUCAUGACCUUAUGCGUGAACUAAUCCAGAUAAAAUCCACGGAAGAAUCGCUUGUUAUGAUACUGGAUGAAAGAAGAAUGACACUGGAUGAGAAAAUUCGUAGACUGUCAAUUCAUGGCUGUUGCGAGGACCUCUCAUCUGAUAGGAGAUUCCCUUGCCUAAGGUCUCUCUUGGUGUUUAGAUCAAUAGGGUCUUCAAUAUCCUCCAGCAGUGAAUUCUAUUACGGUUUUAGAUUACUUAGAGUUCUAGAGCUAGAAUAUGCACCCCUCUACGAAUUCCCUCCAGAACUGGUCAAAUUGAUUCAUCUGAGAUAUCUAAGUCUGAGGAACACAUGUAUAAGUGAACUUCCAAAGUCCAUUGGGAAACUGAAGAACUUGGAGAUAUUGGAUCUCAAAGGAUCUUUCAUAUCAUCGUUGCCUGUUGAGAUCUUACAAUUGGAACAUCUAGUUCAGUUGCGUAACUUACGUUACCGAUUUGAAUCUUCAAUAUACUUCCCAAAAACAUAUGGAAUGACGGUUCCGGCAGGAAUAGGAAGAUUAACAAGUCUACAGAAACUGGGAAGUGUUGAAGUGAAUGGCAACUGUGAAAUAGUUGAGUUUGGAAAGCUAACUCAACUCAGGAGGUUGGGUAUUCUACAACUAAGACAAGAAGACGGGAUAAAUCUAUGUUCUUCACUGGAGAAGAUGAAACACCUUACAGGUUUGUACAUGGUUUCAAUUAACACUUCAGAAUCUCUCGAACUUCUCUCUCUCUCAUCUCCCCCACCCAAUCUGCAACGUCUAUUUCUCAAAUGCCGUUUACCAAGUUUGCCUGGGUGGAUUCCUGCACUCAAAUACCUCACCAAGCUAGUCCUUCAAUAUUCUAAUUUGACCAUUGACCCACUAAAAUCACUUCAGAGAUUGCCUAAUUUGGUAGUGCUUGAACUACGACAAGCUUAUAUUGGGGAAGAAUUACAAUGUGAGAAGGGAGGAUAUCCAAUCCUUAAGAAGCUAAGCCUCUGUGUUCUGGCGCAAUUGAAGUGCCUAAGAGUGGCAGACGGAGCAAUGCCAGGGCUGAGGGAACUUGAAAUUGUGUCAUGUUCGGGACUGGAAAUGGUUCCAUUGGGCAUUGAGAACCUCAGUAACCUGCAAGCGCUACUGCUAUGGGAUAUGCCCUAUAGUUUUUUGAAGAGGAUAGAAGGAACACAUGGUGAAGAUUUCUGGAAAGUCCAACAUAUUCCAAAAAUCAUGAAUAAUUGAAAGAGAAUAAAACGAUGAGUUGUUGCAAUUCUUUCCUGAUUCAAAAGGCCAGGCGAAAGGAAAAUAAGAGACAUCAAUUGACAUGAUUCCUUCCGGGUCACCAAGGUAGUACUUGAGCCAGAUUUGGAGGAUCAGCUGCUGCUUGGACAUGAUGAAGCUUGAGUUAUCGUUCCUUUUAGUUUACAUUUCUUUGCUGAGAGAGCUAUGUGGUGAUCUCUUGGUGAAGGGAAUGAUUUAGACUUUACAUAUGUUACAAUUCCUUAUUGGUUGAAUAGUUAUUUAAAUUUAGUGGUCCAUUCGUAUGAUGAUAGAUUCCUAUAUUUGGUAUUGUUACAGUUCAUCCCUCAAAUUCAAAAUAAUGGGAAGAUUAUUCUGAAAUUUGAGGGAAGCAUGACAGGGAUGGAGUUAAAAGAAAUUUAUUCUUAUGGAUUCC